CGACCAAUAGCAAAGAUGAAGGGAGGUGACGUCAACGUGGCUAGCAUACCACCGCUGUAUGCCUAUGAACUUGUCGCAGCAGGCGAAAGAAGAAACCGUCAAAGAAAGAAGAUGGCGAGAGGCGGCCGCAGUUUACGGAGAGUAGCAGAGUACCUGAAGCAGUUACCGAGCACAGCGAGCCGGGAAAUUCAGGCCAGGAAUAAUGUCAGAUACCUGUCGUCAUGUGGCAUCCUGAUGACGCGCGUGCCUCCUCUGCUGGGCGGAGCCAUGUCCGGGCGGCCCAUCGUCCUGCCGGCACGCAGCUUCUUCAACCUCACCGACUCCCUCUCCAAGAGGAAGGAGUACUCGGAGAGACGCAUCAUUGGGUAUUCCAUGCAGGAAAUCUAUGACGUCGUGGCGCAGGUGGAAAACUACCGCCACUUCGUUCCCUGGUGUAAGAAGUCGGACGUUGUGUUCAGGCGCUCCGGGUUCUGCAAGGCCAAGCUGAUGGUGGGCUUCCCCCCUGUGGUGGAGAACUACACCUCCCUCAUCACGACAGUGCGACCCCACCUGGUCAAGGCGUCCUGUUCAGACGGGAAGCUGUUCAACCACCUGGAGACGGUGUGGCGUUUCAGCCCGGGCCUCCCUGGCUACCCUCGGACCUGCACUGUGGAUUUUGCUAUCUCCUUCGAGUUCCGCUCCCUCCUCCACUCCCAGCUCGCCAACGUCUUCUUCGACGAGGUGGUGAAGCAGAUGGUGUCGGCGUUCGAGCGUCGCGCCUCCACGAUACACGGCGCCGAGACGCCCAUCCCCCGCGAGCUGAUGUUCCACGAGGUCCACCACACGUAGCACCCACCCCCCCCGUGACUCCGCCCGCCAGCUUCACACAACGCCAAAGAGCCAGAGGACUGCCGCCCCGCGCAGUGCCUUUCCCACAGCAGCGAAGAACCCGUCAGGAAGCGGCUGCCAGCCGUAGCCAUAGAGACGGAGCAGCACGCUCGUUUUUUAAAAAGAAUAUCUGCACCUCCGUUCAAACCGUAAUGCUGUCACGUCUGACAUCAGGAAAUCCAGCUGGAACGGCUAGCAUUUAGCAUUAGCAUUUCUUAAAACGUUCUACUGAUCAUCAGCUGUUUGUCGAACACUUUUCUACAUGAAGUGGCCUUUUUUUCUAGCUGAGCCUUUUCUGGUUCCGGCGUGUCGGACCGGAGGAUUUGUUGCUUGUCUUUGUCAAAUCUGAUUGUUAAAGUCUCCGUUAGAGGAGUUCUGACUAAAUCGGCUCGUUGAGAGAAGUUGCACUGAGCGACGCUAGCCGGGCGUUGGGAUUGGUCUGAUCGAUUGGUUUUUAGGGAAGUUUUUCUAUAGUUCACUAUGAAGCAUUUUCUAACCUCUAUUUAUAUGGAAACUCAAAGGCAAAGAGGAGGAUUAGAACAUUCUUUUCAACAAAAGCUAAAUCUAAGAGAUGUAAAGCAAAAGUGAUGAAUAUAAAGCUAAUAUAGUAAGCUAACAUAUUGUAUGUAGAAGGAGAGCUCCCUACGGGAGACAUGACAGUUGGUACUGAUGCUUGUAAAACAGGGGUGUCCAAUGUGAGGCCCGGGGGCCAUUUGUCGCCCUUGAAAUGCUUCAGUUUGGCCGAACGGUGAAAAGUCGUGACUUCUUGACAAUUGAUGAUGGAACAAAAAAAAUCAUAGAUUGAAUGGAAAAAAUGGAAAAA